CAUGUUGUAAAACAGGUAUGUCGUGUGACGUUUUGGCAGGGUGUUUGCCUGACAGGUACAUUUGGGUAGAUGUUUUACCUGUCGUAAAUUAGCACAAAACUUUAUAAUAAACAAUUGAAUUGGCAUAUAAUAGCUCAUAGUAAUUGUUUAAGUUAAGGAAAGCCUGGGUGAGCGAGUUGUAAAUAGAGGAUUACAUAAUUUUUCACAAGUUUCGAGGCGGAAACACCAAAGACACAAGUUGUCGCUCCUGCUUGAGAAAUGCCAGGCUUGGCAGAGAUAUGUAUUGGCAUGCUGUCGCUGCUCCCCCUGGCUUGGGCCAGAGUAGUCUACAGCCACAAUGAAGUGUUCCUGGGACAACAGUCUGCGUCCUCGUACCUGUCUCGCUCGCUGCUCUGGAACAAAUGGGACCUGGAGCUGGUGACGCCAGACAGCCUUGAGAGGGAGUGCAUAGAGGAGGUGUGCACCUACGAGGAGGCCAGGGAGGUGUUUGAGGACACACCCCAAACGAAUGUAUUUUGGAAAACAUAUUCCAGCAGUCACAAUACAGCUCCCAAAGUGGAUGUGUCGGGUCUAGUGGCAGGAAUCUUGGCUAUUCUAGUGUCUGCUGUCAUAGCCACGGUACUGGGCUGCUACUGUUACAAGAACAAAGCUGGUAGGACGGCAGGCAGUGCUCCAGUGAGGAUGGUUGUGGAUGGCCAGCCUGCCCCAGAGACAGUGCCUCUGGCUGGGAUCAUCGCUCCAGGACUGCCCUCCUACGGCGAAGCCCUGACACGCAGUGGGCAGCAUGACGCGCCCCCGCCACCUUACUCUGGGGGGGCGCCAUCAGUACCUCCUGACCCAGCUGACAAUACUGAGAUUACUGCAAAUACUGAGGACACUGAGUGAAAAGGAGGAAAGGACCUUUUAAAAAGGGCCAUUCAUGAAGAGUGUGUGUGUGUGUUACAAGCAUCAAUUGGAGUUCUGGACAGUUAUAAGUGAGCACAGCUGUGAACAUGGAGACACCUGAAACCCCACCUCUUUAAGGAAUACCUAGGAUAGGAUAAGUAAUCCUUCUCACCCCCCCUUUAAGAUCUAGAUGCACUAUUGUAAAGUGACUAUUCUACUGGAUGUCAUAAGGUGAAUGCACCAAUUUGUAAGUCGCUCUGGAUAAGAGCGUCUGCUAAAUGACUUAAAUGUAAAAAUGUAAAUGUAACAUUUCAACUCCUGUGAGUUGUUGAAAUAGAUACGGGAAAUGUCCAUAUAAUAGGAGAGCAUUUCAAUUUAUUUUUUUUCGGGGGAAGAGGGGAGUUCAUAGGGGGACAAGGCUGAAGGAUGUUAUAGAUAGAGAAAUUAGGGGAAUGGGAUGAAGACUUGUUAAGAGGUUACCUGUGAGAAAGAGAAGCAAUCCCUUGAUUGCAAAAUCCAUCAUAUGAGGAUGAUUCCUGUAUUUUGAAAGUUGACAACUUGAUUGAUGACAAGCAAAACAUUUUGGGACUAUUUCAACAAUGGGCUAAUGGAAUUUCCUUUAAUAUGUAUAAACUAGCAGAUGGUAUAGAAUUUAGGUCAACAUGUUUGUUUUAUCUCGGUUGUUUCUAUCUGUAUUGGUACAUGACAGACCGCUCUGAAAUUAAGUCUAUAUUUAUACACAUUUAUUAUUCAAAACAUUUGAAUAAAACGUUUUGCACCUAG